GGUCACACCCCUGGCCAAUGAUACGGAGCGCUUCCCCUGUAACCCCGCCCCCACACCGCCACUCCCAGCCAAUGAGCCGGAGCUCCUAGGCUUGCAUUCUGCAGCGCGCGCCCGCCCUUCUCUCUCAUUGGUUCUUGGAGCAUGAAGGGGAGGCCCAGUCCGCACUCGGGGACAUGGAGGAGUUCCGGCGUUCCUACAGCCGCCUGUGCAAGGAGAGUGGGUCCGAACCCCAGGAGGCUGUCCUGCAGCAACUGCACCAGCUUCCACGGGGCCGGCUGGACCUGGCCACGCAGAGCCUGACGGUGGACACCUGCAGGGCCUUGGGCAAGCUGCUGCAGAGUCAGACACUGUUGACAGAGCUCGUCCUUAGCGACUGUAUGCUGAGCGAGGAAGGAACCACACUACUGCUCCAAGGGCUGUGUGCCAACACUGUCAUUCGGUUUCUGGAUCUGAAGGGCAAUAACCUUCGAGCUGCAGGGGCUGAGGCUCUGGGAAAACUCCUUCGACAGAACCAGUCCAUUCAGAGCCUCACCCUAGAGUGGAACAACCUGGGCACAUGGGAAGAUGCCUUUGCCACCUUCUGUGGGGGCUUGGCAGCCAACAGCACCCUGCAGCAGUUGGACCUCCGCAACAACCAGAUCAGUCACAAGGGGGCAGAGGAGCUGGCCCUGGCCCUAAAGGGCAAUGCUGCCCUCCAGCAGCUGGACCUGCGCUGGAAUAACGUUGGCCUCCUGGGGGGCCGGGCCCUGGUGAACUGUCUCCCCAGCAACAGAACCCUGUGGAGGCUGGACCUGGCUGGGAACAACGUCCCCAGUGAUGUCCUCAGAGCCGUGGAGCAAGCCAUGGAGCACAACCGGGACCGGCAUACUGCCUUCCAGGAGACCCAGACCCGCACCCACCUGCUCAGCAAGGAGGUCCAGUACCUCCAGGAGGAGAAGUCCAAGCAGUUUCUGGAUUUGAUGGAGACAAUCGAUAAGCAGCGAGAAGAGAUGGCCAGGAGCAGCCAGGCAUCGGCAGCACGUGUGGGGCAGCUUCAGGAAGCCCUGAAGGAGAGGCACUCCAUCAUCAAUGCCCUCAAGGCCAAGCUGCAGAUGACUGAGGCUGCCCUGGCUCUGUCGGAGCAGAAGUCCCAGGACCUGGGGGAGCUGCUGGCCACGGCAGAGCAGGAACGGCUGAGUCUGUCACAGAGGGAAGAGAAAGAACGCAGGCUGGAGCAGCAGGAAGCUGCAGAACGGGAGUCUAAGCUCCUCAGAGACUUGUCUGCUGCCACUGAAAAGAACCUGCUGCUUCGAAACCAGGUGGAUGAGUUGGAGCGGAAGUUAAAAUCUCAGCAGGAAGAGCUGUUUCUGACCAGGCAGGAGCUGACCAACACGUCAGCUGAGCUGAAGAUUCGAGUUGUCCAGGCUGAGGAGCGCUUGGAUGUGGAGAAGAGAAGGGCCAGACAGAACAUGGAGGACUCCGAAAAACUGCGCUUCAAGGAGGUGGAGCAUAUGACCCGACACCUGGAGGAAAGUGAGAGGGCCAUGCAGGAGAGGCUGCAGAGGCUGGAGGCUCUGAGGCUGUCCUUGGAGGAGGAGCUGAGCCGUGUAAAGGCAGCAGCACUUAGCGAGCGUGGCCAGGCUGAGGAGGAGCUCAUCAAGGCCAGGAACCAGGCCCGCCUGGAGGAGCAACAGCACCUGGCUCAUCUGGAGGAGAAGCUGCGGCUGCUGGCGCAAGCCCGGGAUGAAGCUCAGGGCACCUGCAUACAGCAGAAGCAGACAGUGGCUGAGGCCCAGGCGCGGGCCAGCCACCUCAGCCUGCAGGUGGAGGGGCAGCGACGACGCAUAGAGGAGCUGCAGCAGGAGUUAAGCAACAAAGACCAGGAAAAGGUAGCUGAGGUGACCAGAGUGCGAGUGGAGCUGCAGGAGCAGAUGGGCCGCCUGCGGGCCGAGCUGACAGCCCAGGAGACUCUGAGGGAGAAAGUGGCAGCCCUGGAACGACAGCUGAAAGUGAUCGCGAGUGACCACCGGGAGGCGCUGCUGGACAAGGAGAGCGAGAACGCGUCCCUUCGAGAGAAGCUGAGACUCAAAGAGGCUGAGAUCGCGCGCAUCCGGGACGAGGAGGCCCAGCGGGCGAGCUUCCUACAAAAUGCCGUCUUGGCUUAUGUCCAGGGGUCUCCCCUGCGAUCUCUGAGUCCCCCGAAGUGAAAGGCAAGGAAAGCAGGAUCGCCUUGGCAGAACCGAGGGGUGGCAUCCCUGGAAGCAUCCUUCCUCGAGGGCAGGCCUUGAGUUCAGGACUUUUCAACCGUGGGGACAAACAAACCUGGCGCUCCAUGGGCGUGCGGCCCAAGCCAAAGUGACCCUCCAGCCCUACGCCAGGA